UCUGCGUGGUUUCUUUUAUUUUCUCUUCUUUCGACCCAGAAGACACUCGCUCACUCAUAUUUUUGAGUGUUCCACUUCCACCCCUGAUUAAUUUUUUUCCCAACGUUGUUUUCCCCACCAGUGCCCGUUCCUCGGUCCACCUUCAAUAAACAUCGCCAAGAUAUUUUGCCUGAACCUCUUUCGGUGUCUCUCUUCACGCUGUUUUGUUCACACACAUUCAGCUCACAUAUGACACCUAAAAUAUAAUGUAGCCUAGAAGCAGAUAGCAAGUCUCUGUUGAUGACUAAAUAUUACUGCUCCCUCCCUCGAUUCCUUUAUUUGACCCGGACCUAUGCUUCGGCAUAUAGGCGUAGGCUACACCCAAGCCCUGCCGACUGGUCACGACAUUUUCCGAAAUAGAAACCGAAACAAGAGUGUUUAUCUUAGCAAGAAAGUAUCGGAACAGAAGUCAGUCAAAGUGUCUGUUUUCCCUCGUAGUUCGUUUCUCCCAAGAUGUCUGGCGCAAAUACGUUGGGAAGACAUGAUCAGGGCUUUUCGAGCGGUUUUGCUGAUGGAUUUAGCCAACCUGUCCCAGCUAGCAAACGAUAUCAGUGGCAACUAAAUGACGGGCAGCAGUGGAUGAGCAUUAAUAACGACCACGUGAUAGAGGCGCACUACUGCCAGCCAGGAGCAAAAGGGAUAACGAUCUUUACUGCAGAUUAUGGACGUGUUUUUAUUGAUUUUGACAAAAUGGAGGUGCGGGGGCCUUCACUGUAUGUCCGACGGCAAACCUUUCUGGCCCAUGAUGAGAUGGAGGAGAUGGGGUGGUAUUACAACGACAACCGGCACUGGUAUGAAUACGGAUCACAAGGUUCCUCCAGCAGCAGGGCUUCAGUAAGCAGCAGUGAUCUAGAGCAGCAGUACACCACUCAUCAAAGGAACUUUCAUUUCACAGUGGGGAAUGACUCCUACAGUUUAGAUUUCCGAGUGAUGAAACAGAAAAACUUGGCUACGGGCAUUCCAAGGAGAGUGAGGCGACGCCCAAAACUGAAUUCUGUCAUAAGAAACAACAGCCCAGCAGGCUCCGCCCAGCUCCCGUUGAGUCAACAGAGUGCAUCCCCUAUUGGAGGAGGCUGGAAGUGGCAGUUCCAGGGAGAUGAGGGUGUCUGGACUGACUACAGCUCACCUAGCUGUUCAGUGGACAGUGAUGAGAUUGAGAGACGCUAUCAGAGGAACCCUCAAGGACAGAUACAAUUGAAAAGCAGGAGAUUCAGAUAUACUUUGAACUUUACAGGAAUGUUCCAGACCAACAAUGGCACAGGAACCCAGAGAUCUGUGAGGCGGGUGAAGGCUGAGGGACAGCCCAACCUUCAGAGGGCUGCUUCCUUCCUAAAUCAUCCUGCAACCCCACAAGACCUGACCCUCUCUCAACCCUCCCCUUCUGGCUACACCUGGGAGUUUAUGGGAGACGAGGGAAUGUGGGCUGAAUAUCAAACUCCAAGCUGCUCAAUGUGCAGUGUGGACAUUGAGAACAUCUACCAGUUGAACCCACAGGGCCAAGCUAAGUUCACUGCUGGGAGGUACACCUACACACUCGACUUUGCAGGCAUGCAUCAGACCAAUGACCGCUUUGGGACCCAAAGGGCUGUAAGGAGGCUCCUGAAGAACAGUCCCCAGUUGAGUGGGUAUAACCCAGAGGCAGGAGGGGUCACAGGCACUCCAGCUUACAGGGCUGCGUUUUCCCCCGUAUAUCUUCCUGCACCCCCUCAAGCCGCAACCCUCUCUUUACCCUCCUCUGCUGGCUACAUCUGGGAGUUCAUGGGUGACGAGGGCGUGUGGACUGAAUAUCAAGCGCCAAGCUGCUCAAUGAGCAGCGUGGACAUCGAGAACAUCUACCAGUUGAACCCACAGGGCCAAGCUAAGUUCACUGCCGGGAGGUACACCUACACACUCGACUUUGCAGGCAUGCAUCAGACCAAUGAUCACUUUGGGACCCAAAGGGCUGUAAGGAGGCUCCUGAAGAACAGUCCCCAGUUGAACGGGUAUAACCCAGAGGCAGGAGGAGUCACCCCAGGUUACAGCUCUGACUCUGCUGGGACACAGUGCCGGUGGCAGUAUAAGGAUGUUGACGGUGCCUGGAGAGAUUUUGUCAAGGGCAGAUGCAAUGUGUCCAGUCAGGACAUAGAGAUUAGUUACCAGCAGAACCCCAGCGGUACCAUGAGCUUCAGCACAAACAGCUUUCAGUAUGAGUUGGACUUCUCAGCAAUGACACAGAGAAACCACUCUACUCGGACUGUCAGGGAUGUCCGCCGUCUCCAAGAGUAAAGCAAGUUUUUGGAAACUGCAUACCUCUGAUAGGAUGAUGGAGUUCCAUUGAACCUCUGUCUUCCUGAAGAUUCAGUGAUUACUACAAUGAAGCCUUUUUAUGUGCAUGAGAGCUAUUUCUUCACCACAGCCAAUUUUCUCUGUGGGGGUGUUCGGGGAAGAAUGUACUGUACUUCACAAUAUAAUAGACAAAUCGGGAGUAAGGCCUGCAGUUUUAACAUGCUGGUAACAUGCUAUGUUCUGACGACACUGUGUAAUUAUACAUGAAACUUGUGCCCAAAAUAUGUACAGGACAAUUAGGCAAUUUCAGUCCUGGUGGGCUACUGAUGCAGUCCAUUCUAACGCAACUGGAGCCUGGAAAACCAAGUGACUGGCCUUCCGGACUGAACAACAUCAGUUAUUUUUGGCCAAACUGACCCUCUAGUCUCGGAGACCUGGGACUGCCAUCCUAUAAAUCAAGACUUUGUGCUGCGAUACAACUUUCAGCCAGCAUAAAUCUACAGUAACUGGAGUUAUCGUGUUUGGUAGAAUGUGGCUUUCAAUGCAGAUAAAUUGAAUCCUAAAUAUUUGUGUUGUGGGUCUAAACAUACUGAAAACAUCAAGGGGCCGCUGGACGGUCCACCAUAAAGUGGAGUUCUAAUGCAUGGACAGACUCCAUUAAGGUAUACAUGAAGUAUGUUUCUCCACCUGCCUCUGUGCAAGUUGCUGUGAUAAGACUGACAUUGUGUGCGAGAAAGGAGAGCCCAUUGCUUGGAUGUGCUCUUCAGAAUGUGUUGAGUUUGAGAUGCAGUAUGAGCAUGACUGGGAAUUCCAAACUGUGGAGAAAAAGGGAAAAAACUAAAAGCCAAAACUACCUACCAAUCAAGUCCACUGCAGUGAUAUAAAGUUUGUUUUUACCCCCAGUUCAACUCUUAUUAACUGUAUAAUUUCCUUGUUUAAGAUUUUUGCCUUCCUGCCAUAUUUUUAACUGCCUAUAUUAACAGUGCAAUCUGAAAAUGUUUCUUUUUUUAAAAAUUGUUAUAAUUCAUAAAAUGAGGUCAAUGUA